GUGCCCUUACAAUAGCGCUGUCUCACUUUCGGAAUGCGUGUUUUGCCCCAUCCCGAGACGUCGGUGAGCAUCACGCCUGCACGCCUGCACGCCUGCACGACCACGCGCCCGUCAGUCCUUUGCAGCAGUGCAUCCGUCAUGUUCGUGCAGCCUCUGAAGUACUGUACUGAAGUACCCAUGCAGCCCACGGGCUUGGGUAGCAUCCGUCAAGUCGAUCGAUCCACCACCUGGCAACCUGGGCUCAAUGAAACAUUGCUAUAACUAACCGCCCCCAACAGACAACAUGAGGCUGCAAGCCCACCUGAGCAGCCUGAGUUGGCUUUGGUGUAACCCCGCGGUGCCUGCCAGCCACAUCAUCUUAGCAUUCCCAGACCCGAGCCUGCACGACUUCAAUACGAACCGCCCCACCUUCUUUGAUAGAUUCUGGUUCCGUGCGGUCUAGAUGUCAACUGGUUCCUUCUGACCGGUCUCAAAACGAUAUUCCCAGCACGACAGGGAGAAACAACUUUUGAAAAUCUUCAUGGGGCCCACUGAGCUGACCUUUCCUAUAGGGCGGGAUGGGGGUCAAGCACGAGGGUGUAUAUCAAACACCGCAGGCCUUAGAAUGCUACCUAGGCAGACAAAAAGGUUUGGCAGCGAUUCCGCUCUCGCCAAGUGUUGUCCUGGCCUCCUCUCAGAACCCUGCAAUCGUGAAGCACUAAGUUUUGCACUCGGGAUCAUACAAUCGAUUGUUUCUCACAACAAUACCUGAUCUGAUCGUCUUUGUCUACCUCGCGACUUGUCCAUGGCUCAGAGGGUUCAACAAAAACACAAAGAAACAUGCCAUUGUUUUUGGACCAUGUCAGCGCACAAAAGGCACGCUUAUUGUGCGGAAUUGUCCUUUCGGAUGCAUCGUGGGCCUCUAUUAUAAGUCCGAUGAGUCCUUAUGGGCCAUCACGGUUAUCUGCUCAUCAAGCCACCACCAACAGUCACAACCACAAGCAACAAUUAUUAGCCUCACCAAAGUAAGACACAUAAGACGGAAAGCCCAGGCGGGACGAAAAACAUGUGUCUUACAGUGGAGUACUAUUGUAUCUGCGGUGUGGUGGCGCGCACAGAGCAGGUCCAAUGCACUUCUUUUCUCGCUCGUCCACUUCCCACCCGCUUCGAAGAGACUCAUCACUUGCGGAAAGUCGCCAUGGCUCUGCCUCGGGGAGAGUGGGAGGCACGUCGUGGUGUGUGCACACAAGAAGCAUGUCCCCAAAACAACUCGUCGGCCGGAACUGUCAACCUGGCCAAGUGCCCUGGCUGCUCCAAUAUAUGCUACGAAGGUGCUUGUCUGCCGGACGGUGACGACGGGGCUUGCAGUUUCGAUGAACUCUUAGAUGAAGUGCUACAAAGGCAGAUCCAGAGAGAGCUGAGUGCAAUUACCUCCGCUGAUGACGCUGACAAGAGUGACAAAAGCGACGAGAGUAGUUCUGACUUCGAGAAAGAGCUAGAGCUCAACCUCGAAAGAGAGCUUACCGGCAUGGAGUUUGAGUUUGAAGUGGAUGUCAACAAAGCCGAGUUCCUCCCCCGGGAUUACUGGCCCGCGUAUGACUGCACCGUCGAGUUUUGCCCCUUUAACAAAGAGUCGCUGGCUCGGGCUAACGACAAACUCUCUUCCAUGAUCGCAGAGAUGAAGCGUGAGGCGGACACCCCUGUUCAAUGGACCAAAGACGACGAUGACCAGAUUCUAGACCUAGCUUCUCACGGUGCUGACGACGAGCUCAUCGCAGCCGUGAUGGGUAGACAGGUUCCUGACAUUCACGACCGUUUGACCUCCCUGCGUCUGCUCAAGGAACUUCUCAAGUAGGGGACGUCACAGCCCGCUCGCGCGUGUCUGAAUCUUGGCCCAUGUAACUUCCUCUAGUACGGUAAGUUUUAAAGGAGCUCGAAAGAGAAAUACAGGGCUUUCGGUAGAUGUGACAGAAUUAAUAAAUAUCUCUUGCACUCCUCUAAA